AUGCACAGGUCCUACCAGCCGUUAAAGCCUGUCACCAACCGCUACCUGCAGCAGCGAUGGGAUCAGAGCAACUACGAAAACCACCGCAGGAAGGUGAGCUAUGCCCUGCCCGUAGUGGACACCAAAGGCGUGAGGACACCAGCUCAUGUCCAGCUUAAACUGAAAAAACUACAGCUGCAGGAUGAGCGGCUGUCGAUCAUCGACAGAGAUAAUCGUCUCCUUGCCUCCAAACUGGCCGACAUCGUUUGCUCUAAAGGCCUGGUGGACCACCGGAACCAGUACCACCUGAGGAGUCUGAACGCUGACAGGAGGAGGGAGGAGCUCCUGCUGGUCAGCCGUCAGAAUCAGGCCAUCUACCAGCGGAUCACGUCCCGCCAGUCCGAGUACCGCCGCCAGCUGUGGUUGGAUGACUGGAAGAGGGCGGAGCGCCGGCGGGAUGACAUCUCCCAAUACCCCCGAGGAUUCGCCGAUAGACAGAAGCCGCACAGGAAGGUGAAGUUUGCAGCUGUGGAGGACGGUGAGCGGUCAACGAGCUGCAGCAGGACCGACAGCGACAAGGCCGACAGAGAAGCCUGAAACACAGGCAGCAGACCCACCAGCGGGAGCAGCCACCCUCACUUAACACACACGUCUGUCUAUAUUUCUGAAGAUCCUCACUUUUGCUAAUUUAGGGUUGGUUUUAUGAAGGUUAAAACACUGUGCCUGGACAAUACACCGCUAUAUUCACUUUGAACCACAGACCUGAUUGA